AUGAUCGAUGAAGAUAAAACUGUAGAAAAUCGCAGACGUGCGGAUCACAAACUGAACAUAAACUCAAUCAGAUGGAAACUAGAUCUGUCAACACCUAAUGGAAUAACACAGACCACCUCGUCUCCAGAUACAUCUCUUGAUCGUGGUACCAGUAUAGAAAGAGGAAGAGAAAAGGGGGCAAACUGCCGAAAUAGAAAAGAAAAAUGUUCUGGUGAUAAACCAUGCAAUUCAUGUGUUAAACACAAUCGAGAGUGCUCAUACACGCCACUGAAGUCACGGGGUAGGAAGAAAAAGAGACCUCGCCUUGAUUUGGACCCUCUUGAGGAGAUACAAGAUCCGGGAUUGAGAGAUGGUUCAACAGCAUCGCCUGUCGUGAUACGCCCAGAAACUCAUCAUCCACUGGCGAUUGAAAACAACGGACCACUUGCAGUCAAGAGACGUCGAGAGCUACGUUCUUCUGGUAUUGGAGUAUGCCAGACUGGUACCGGAGCAUUUCAAUAUUAUGGACCGGCAUCCAAUUUGGAUUUGUUUCAAAGCAUUUACCAGUGUAUUUAUCGCACCAAGAAUUCAAGCAAUGGCCGAUUAGGGGCGAUGUGCGUCCUCCCCUUGUCAGAAGAAGGACAUGGUCAAACAUUUCAAAGAUAA